GAAAAUGGAGAACAAAGGAACAAAACCUGCGAUUGUGCUCUUUCCAUUCCCCUUGCAAGGCCACUUAAACCCCAUGUUUCAGCUGGCCAACAUCCUGUUUCGCCGAGGCUUUUCCGUUACCGUCAUCCACACGCAGUUCAACUUCCCAAUCUCUUGGAACUGCCCCGACUUCAGAUUCGUUCAGAUAACCGACGCCUUGUCCGAAAACGAGGCUUCGAACCCUGACGUGGUCGAGCUUCUCCACGACCUCAACUCCAAGUGCGCUGACCCUUUCGCUGACUGCUUGAGAGAUAUCUUGUCCGAAGAAUCCGGCGCCAGUUGUGUGGUCGUGGAUGCUCUUUGGUACUUCACUGCCGAUGUCACCGCGAAGAUCGGAAUCUCGAGGAUCGUUCUCCGGACAAGUAACCUUUGCUCCUUUGUCCCCUUCGCAGAGUUUCAUGUUCUGCGUGAGAAAGGGUACCUUCCUCUGCAAGAAUCCGAGGCAGAGUCACCAGUUCCGGAGUUCCCGUCACUCAGAAUGAAAGAUCUUCCAUGGAUCGAGACGAAGGAUCCAAGAUCAUUGGACAAACUACUAAGCAGCCUGUCCAAAGCGCUGCAAUCUUCCUCGGGGAUCAUAUUCAACACCAUUGAAGAACUCGAAAUGGAUUCUCUCUAUCAAAUCCACAAAAAAUUUCCAGGAGUUCCAAUCUUCUGCAUAGGACCUUUCCACAGAUAUGUUUCAGCAUCAUCGAGCAGUUUACUGACACAGGACAUGACUUGUGUUUCCUGGUUAGACAAGCAACUGCCAAACUCGACAAUCUACGUAAGCCUCGGAAGCAUCGCAUCGAUCGACGAAUCCGAGUUCUUGGAGAUUGCUUGGGGCCUAAGCAACAGCGACCAGCCUUUCCUGUGGAUGGUCCGACCCGGUUCAGUCCGUGGUUCAGAAUGGAUCGAGCUUCUACCGAAAGGGUUCGUCGAAAGUCUCGAGGGUCGGGGGAAAAUAGUGAGAUGGGCGCCUCAGCUCGAGGUUUUGGGGCACGGGGCAACGGGCGGAUUCCUGACGCACUGUGGAUGGAACUCGACGUUAGAGAGCAUAUGCGAAGGCGUUCCGAUGAUAUGUAUGCCGUCUUUCGGGGACCAGAAUGUGAACGCGAGGUAUAUAAGCGAUGUGUGGAGAAUAGGCUUGCAUUUGGAGAACAAGAUCGAGAGAAAGGAGAUAGAGAAAUCGAUUAGGGUUCUAAUGGCGAGCUCGGAAAUACGAGAGAGGAUGAGGAAGAUGAAGAAGACGGCAGAGGAAUGCCUCGGGCAAGGAGGCUCAUCGUAUUGUACGCUCGGAAACUUAAUUCCUCAUAUUCUCUCGUUAUAGUCUUCUUUCUAUUUUUUGUAUCCUUUUCCUUCAUUUUGAAUAAAUUAAAUGUAUUUUCCAUUAAA